AUGUCUUCCAAAACGGGUAAAAAGCCGAAUGGAAAGGAAGAGAAGAAAGAAGUUGUUGUACAACAAGAUGAAGCCGUUUCAUUGACCAAAGACGGGGAAAUAUUGUUGAGGGUGCAUGCUAAGCCUGGCGCCAAACAAACUCUUAUUACUGGUAUGUUUCUCGAUAUUCAUUAUAAGAAAGGUAACCAUAUAGUAAAGGGUUACCUACGUAUGAAUGAUUAUAAGGUUAUUUACUAGCUUAUUUAGGUCUGUUUUUGGGAUACUAUCGUCUACUACUGUGACUUAAUAUGAUUCUAAAUAUUAAAAACUUUUAAGAUUAUAACAUUUAAAUUGGUACAGACUACGUUGAUGACUAAUCCUGUUAGAUUUAAGCCCCGAAGCCAUUGGAGUGGCCCUAGCUGCACCACCAAGAGAUGGACAAGCCAAUGAAGAGCUACUGCGAGGAAUGAUGGAGUUCCUGGGGUUAAGAAAGAACGAGAUCUCAUUUCAAAAGGUAAAGUACGUGUAGUUUCGGGAAAUAAUAAUGGCACAAUAUAUAUAACUAAAAAUCGAAAUUUUUAAUUAUUGUAAGAUGAAAUACAUUGAAUAUACUAUCGAUAUGAUAUUAAAAUAAUGUGUAGUUUAAAACUGUUGACAUUUUUAUCACUAGACAAAUUGCAGGGUGCCAAAAGUCGAGACAAGAUGUUGGUGA